AUGUCCGGUUACACUCUCUUCGGCCUCCAGAGACUAUUAUAUGGCUCACUACGGCAGAUUGAAACUGAACAACUGUAUGAGAGGGCAUGGUUUGCGGUGACCGAGACAUGUCUGGCCAUGACGAUAUUCCGGGGUGAGCUAGGAGCUUGGUUCAUGGUCAUGUUCGUCGCCUUGCUUGCGGGCAAGAUCUGGGGAUGGAUCGGCGAGGGUAGAGUAGAGGUUCUGGAACAACAACCACCGGCCAACCCACGAUUAUUCCACACGCGACUCGCCAUGUCAUUGAUCAUAUCGGUGCUGUUCAAUUCGCAGAUGCUCGAAUACGCCAUCAAAACGGUUCUGCGACAGGCUCGGCCAGAUAUGAUGGUAAUGUUUGGCUUUGAAUUUGCCGUUCUUACUAUUCGUUCUACUUCGACAAUGGCUAGGUAUACUCUUUCAUUGGCAGAGAUUUAUAUUACUCGGCAGCAGAAACAGGCCAAGUUAGCUGAACGCAGGGCAGAGAUCCGUGCAGAGAGGGAACAGAUCCUUCGUCAACAGGCUGCAUCCGGCCUUCCCACUCCUAAUGCAGAUAGCCUACCGAGUGAAGAUGAUAUAGAUGAAAUGGAGCUGGAUGUUUCAGGGUGGGAGGAGAAGGGUCGAUGGGUGUUCUACCUCGACCUUAUUACCGACUUUCUAAAACUGGUGGUAUAUCUCUCGUUCUUCGCAAUCCUGUUCAGAUUUUAUGGGCUCCCAAUUCAUAUUCUCAGAGAUGUCGUUCUGACGAUGAGGUCGUUUGCCAAACGUAUUAUUGACUUCAUCCGCUAUCGACACGCUACCCGUGAUAUGAAUCAACGGUAUCCCGAUGCAACUGCAGAGGAGAUCGCCAGGGAGGAUGUCUGUAUUAUAUGUCGUGAGGAGAUGCAGCCUUGGGUCCCUGCGCCAGCACCGAAUGACGGAGUGGCUGCUCCUGCUCGGCCAACCAGAGCUAUCCCGGAGAGGCUGCGAGCAAAAAAGCUCCCCUGUGGCCACCUACUUCAUUUCGCCUGUCUGCGAAGUUGGUUGGAGCGGCAGCAGAAUUGUCCUACCUGUCGACAGCCGGUCACUACUGAUACUAGGCCAUUUGCAGCGCGUGGUGCAGCUGCAGGAGGACAAAGGGGUGGGGACCAGCAACAAGGCGGAAACGAAGCAGGUGCCGCAGAUGGAGAGAACAGGCGCCGUAUGUGGUUUGUCAAUUUUGGUCCAGUCCGCAUCGGAUUUGGAGCAGGUCGUCGUGGUGACAUGCUACGGAAUAUUGAUAUGGGCCAGGGUGUCCACGGCCAAGCUGCACAGGCCCCGGCCGCAAAUCAAAACCAGAACCCCCCUGUUGGGGGACAAGCGCCACGGACAGGCUUUGGAUUUGGGAUUGACCGUCCGAUUGCUGGAAAUACCCCUGGUUCUACUACUGAAUUUAACCACCGGGAUGUGCAGCUGGUCAUCCAGCAGCUCGAGCAUCAAGUGAUCCAGGAGAUAAACAGCCUUACCAAUACUACAGAACAACUACAGGUCAUACGAGCUCUGCAUAAUGAACUGACACGGCUUCGCAGCGUGCAGGGCAGUGCCGGACCUAGCAACCAGAAUGCCACCAACCCUGGGUCCUCUAGGGCUCAGCCUAACUUUCAAUCACACCCUCUCACAGCCCGUACGAUUCCCCCGGGCGCGAACAAUUUGGCAACUGUAAGCCAGAGCCACAGCCAGCAGUAUACUGCUACAAACCCUCAUCUCACUGCAAUACCUUCGGGUGAUCCACGACUUCCCGAGGGAGUUUCUAUCCCACCAGGUUGGACUCUGGUGCCGCUGCAACGCACCCUACCGCUAAAUCCACCAACAGUCCCUCAAACUAACGCGGCAGCAAGCGCCAGUACAAACAUUCCAACCGCAACAUCGCCACCGUCAUCAUCUGCUCCUCCAUCGACCUCGACGGCCUCGUUUUUGAAUCACAAUCCCACCACAGCUACAACAACUUCGCCGACAGCAGUCCCGAGCCAGGAGAGCGGCAAUAACGGCAUACCAAGCGCCAGUUCCGCGAGCCCAUCGGAGUUCUUCAGGUCCGGCACUACACAACAGCGGUCUCCUCAACACGCUCCAACUAUACCUACUCCACAGGACACUACUACUCACAACACAGCUCCGUCUCCAUCGUCGCCAAGCACAUCACUGCAGCCAGAGCUCCACGACCUGUCUUCCCGUGGAGCGUCUCAGGCCCAGGGAGGGCCAGAGGAGAGCAGGUUACUAUUCAAUAACUCCUUGGCGCCUAGCUUCCCCGAACAGGGUGAACUUGACGGAGAAAGGGAGGAAAGCGAUGAAGACGAGAACGAAGACGAAAACAACGAGGAUGAAGAGGAUGAGGACAGUGGCAGUGAUGAUAAUGAUAGUGAAGCAGCUAGUAGUACGCACAGCUCUGCAUCUAAGCACAAGGGUCGAGCAGCCACUGUGGAAGACGAAGCGGAGGACGACUAG